CGAUGCGCCGAUGCGCAUCAACGACCUGCAUGGCCGCCGGAAGAAGACUGAGAAGUCGCAAUGGGGCGUUGCGGCGCCGUCGACGAGCGAGCGCUUCAAGAGCUAUGGACACGCGCACAAGCCAAUGGCUAAGAAGUGGGACCACCGCUUCAGCGCGGAAUCCGCCUCGCGCAAGGGCAACUCGCUCAAGCAAGCCGCCAAGUUCCUCAGCAAGCCCGGCAUCAUCUCGCUCGGCGGCGGCCUGCCCUCAAGCGAGUACUUCCCCUUCGACAGCCUGGACCUGACGGUGCCGACCGUGGGCAAGUACAGCGAGGCCGAGGUGCACGCCGAGGGCGCGCGCCUGCACGCCGGCAAGCACGAUCUCGCCCAGGACAAGAGCAUCUUCGACAUCGCCACCGCCUUCAACUACGGCCAGGGCUCCGGCUCCGCCCAGCUCCUGCGCUGGGUCACCGAGCACACCGAAAUCGUCCAUAACCCUCCUUACGCGGACUGGCAGUGCACCCUCACUGUCGGCAGCACCUCCGCCCUCGACAUGGCCCUGCGCAUGUUCACCCAGCCCGGCGACUACAUUCUGUCCGAGGAGUACACGUUCGCGACGGCGGUGGAGACGGCCGCGCCGCUGAACGUCAAGGUCGCCGGCGUCAAGAUGGACGAGCAGGGCAUGCUGCCCGAGUCGCUCGACGACGUCCUCACCAACUGGGACUCUGCUGCUCGCGGCGGCGCCCGCAAGCCCUUCCUCGUGUACACGGUCCCGUCGGGCCAGAACCCCACGGGCGCGACCCAGGGCACCGAGCGCCGCAAGGCCAUCUACAAGGUCGCCCAGAAGCACGACCUGUACAUCCUCGAGGACGAGCCCUACUACUUCCUGCAGAUGGAGCCGUACGCCGGGCCCGGCGCGCCCGCGCCCGCGCCGCCCGCUUCGCACGACGAGUUCCUGAAGACGCUGGUGCCCUCGCUGCUCAGCAUGGACACGGACGGCCGUGUCAUGCGCCUGGACUCAUUCAGCAAGGUCGUCUCGCCCGGUAGCCGUGUAGGCUGGAUUACCGCAUCGGAGCAGGUUGUCGCCCGCUACAAGAAGCACGCCGACGUCUCGACGCAGGGUCCCAGCGGUAUGAGCCAGCUGAUUCUGUUCAAGCUGCUCGACGAGCACUGGGGCCACCCCGGCUACCUCGAGUGGCUGAUCCACAUCCGCAAGGAGUACACGCAGCGCCGCGACGUUAUCCUCGAUGCCUGCGAGAAGUACCUGCCCAAGGAUGUCGUCAGCUGGAAGCCGCCCAUGGCGGGCAUGUUCCACUGGCUCAAGAUUGAGUGGCAAAAGCACCCCCACGCGCACGAGAAGAGCAUCCCGGAGCUGGAAGAGGAGAUCUUCCUGGCGUCUAUUGAUCACGGUGCCCUCGUUAUGCGUGGCUCCUGGUUCUACGCUGAGAAUGACAUUGCUCACGACACCAUGUACUUCCGGGCGACCUAUGCUGCGGCGCCUUUUGACAAGAUCCAGGAGGCCAUUCGUAGGUUUGGUGAGGCGCUUAGGGAGAGCUUCAAGCUGCAGGCAUAGAUGUCGAGCUCCGCGAGUAGGAAAAGGUGAGUGAUGCACACAAGACGCGGAAAAGAGAAGCAAGGAAUUUGGUUCUUGAGAAGAGCAUUGCAUGUAUUGUCGGCAUAUAUCGUGGCGUGUCACAAUACCCAUUUUCUUGUUUACUCAGCGUAUUGUACAAUGCAAGUAGGAAUCAAAGUCCACGCAUU